AUGGCAGUUAUUGAAGUAGCUCAGCUGUGGAACCCAAAUUUACCAUCAUCAACAUCAUCAUCACCAUCACCUCUGUCACCAACAUCUUCACCGUCAGCACUGUCAUUGAUCACUGUCAUCAUUUCAGAGAGAAGAGAAGAGACAAAAAUCAACAAACACAAGCCAUGGAUUGAGACAUCAUACCAUGGAGUUAUAACUGAGAACAACGACACAGUCAUUCUGGAUCCACCCCUAGUAGCCCUGGAUAAAGAUGCACCAGUUCCUUUCGCAGAUUCUUUUGAACUUGUGAAGACUAAUGAAGGGGAAAUCUGUGCGUUCAAGAUACACGGCCAGGAGCUGCCCUUUGAGGCCGUGGUACUCAACAAGACAUCCGGGGAGGGCCGGCUCCGCGCCAAGAGUCCCAUCGACUGUGAGUUGCAGAAGGAGUAUACAUUCAUCAUCCAGGCCUAUGACUGUGGUGCUGGGCCCCGGGAGACAGCCUGGAAGAAGUCACACAAGGCUGUGGUCCAUAUCCAGGUGAAGGACGUCAACGAGUUUGCUCCCGCUUUCAAAGAGCCAGCCUACAAGGCUGUGGUGACAGAAGGCAAGAUCUACGACAGCAUCUUGCAAGUGGAGGCCAUCGAUGAGGACUGCUCCCCACAGUACAGCCAGAUUUGCAACUACGAAAUCGUCACAACGGAUGUGCCUUUUGCCAUUGACAGAAAUGGCAACAUCAGGAACACAGAGAAGCUGAGCUACGACAAGCAGCGGCAGUACGAGAUUCUGGUGACUGCCUACGACUGUGGACAGAAGCCCGCUGCUCAGGACACCCUGGUGCAGGUGGACGUGAAGCCAGUCUGCAAGCCUGGCUGGCAAGACUGGACCAAAAGGAUUGAGUACCAGCCGGGCUCGGGGAGUGUGCCCUUAUUUCCCAGCAUCCACCUGGAGACAUGCGAUGGAGCCGUGUCGUCACUACAGGUCACUGCAGAACUUCAGACCAAUUACAUCGGCAAGGGCUGCGACCGCGAGACCUACUCUGAAAAGUCCCUUCAGAAAUUGUGUGGAGCCUCCUCUGGCAUCAUCGACCUCCUGCCCUCCCCCAGCGCGGCCACCAACUGGACAGCGGGACUGCUCGUGGACAGUGGAGAAAUGAUCUUCAGGUUUGACGGCAGGCAGGGUGCCAAGAUCCCCGACGGGAUCGUGCCCAAGAACCUGACGGACCAGUUCACCAUCACCAUGUGGAUGCAGCACGGCCCCAGCACGGGCGUGCGGGCAGAGAAGGAGACCAUCCUCUGCAACUCAGACAAAACCGAAAUGAACCGGCAUCACUAUGCCCUGUACGUGCACAACUGCCGCCUUGUCUUCCUCUUGCGCAAGGACUUCGACCAAGCUGACACUUUUCGCCCUGCGGAGUUCCACUGGAAGCUGGAUCAGAUUUGUGACAAAGAGUGGCAUUACUACGUCAUCAAUGUGGAGUUUCCUGUGGUCACCCUCUACAUGGAUGGAGCAACGUAUGAGCCGUACCUGGUGACCAACGACUGGCCCAUCCACCCCUCUCACAUAGCCAUGCAGCUGACGGUCGGUGCCUGCUGGCAAGAGAAUUCUGGGAUCCGAGAUGAUGGUGAUUCCCACCCAGUCACACAGGCCAACCCAGGCUUGUGUUUUCUUUCAGGGGGAGAAGUGGCCAAACCACGGUUUGCUCAGUUCUUCCACGGCAGCCUGGCCAGUCUCACCAUCCGCCCUGGCAAGAUGGAAAGCCAGAAGGUGAUUUCCUGCCUUCAGGCCUGCAAAGAAGGACUGGAUAUUAAUUCCUUGGAAAGCCUUGGGCAAGGAAUAAAGUAUCACUUCAACCCCUCGCAGUCCGUCCUGGUGAUGGAAGGUGAUGACAUCGGCAACAUCAACGGAGCCCUCCAGAAAGUCUCCUACAUCAACUCCAGGCCGUUCCCAACAGCCGGAGUGCGGCGUCUCAGGCUCUCCUCCAAAGUCCAGUGCUUUGGCGAAGACGUGUGCAUCAGCAUCCCCGAUGUAGAUGCCUACGUGAUGGUCCUGCAGGCCAUCGAGCCCCAGAUCACCCUUCAGGGCACAGACCGCUUCUGGAGACCCGCUGCCCAGUUCCAGAGUGCCAGGGGAGUGGCCCUCUUCCCCGACAUCAAGAUCGUGAGCACCUUCGCCAAAGCCGAGCCUUCAGGUGACAUGAAGACGGCAGCCCCCAGAGCCGCAGUGCUGGAGGAAAUGCUUCACAACCUGGACUUCUGUGACAUCCUGGUGCUGGGAGGGGACCUGGACCCCAGGCAGGAGUGCUUGGAGCUCAGCCACAGUGAGCUCCACCAGCGGCACCUGGAUGCCACCAACUCCUCCGCCGGCUACUCCGUCUAUGGUGUGGGCUCCAUGAGCCGCUAUGAGCAGGUGCUGCGUCACCUCCGAUACCGCAACUGGCACCCAACCUCCCUCGAGGCGCGGCAGUUCCGGAUCAAGUGCUCCGAGCUCAAUGGGCGCUACACCAGCAAUGAGUUCAACGUGGAGGUUGGAGUCCUGCAUGAAGUCAGAGUCUCAGACGAGCAUGUCAACCACCUCAUCGUGCAACCGCCCUUCCUCCAGUCUGUCCACCACCCGGAGUCCCGGAGUAGCAUUCGGCGCAGCUCAGUGGUCCCCAGCAUCGCCACAGUGGUGGUCAUCAUCUCGGUGUGCAUGCUGGUGUUUGUGGUGGCCAUGGGCGUGUACCGCGUCCGCAUAGCACACCAGCACUUCGUCCAGGAGACUGAGGCUGCGAAGGAAGCUGAGAUGGACUGGGACGACUCUGCGCUGACUAUCACAGUCAACCCCAUGGAGAAACAUGAAGGACCAGGGCAUGGAGAAGAUGAGACCGAAGGCGAGGAGGAAGAGGAGGAGGAGGGAGCAGAAGAAGACUUAAGUUCAAGCAGCAGCAGCAGCAGCUCAGAGGACGGCGAAGAGGAGGAGGAGGAAGUGAUGGGGAGAGGCCAGCGCAGGCAGAGCGGCGCCCAGCGAGCCCAGCUGGAGUGGGAUGACUCCACGCUGCCCUACUAGUGCCCGCAGGUCUGCUGCCCAGCCCGUGUGUCCCCUCGGUAAAGUCUGACCUGAUCUGUGCCCGA